UGCAACGCUUGACGAACCCAAAGCCACACCAGGGGUAGGAUAGGUAAUUUCUAAACACAAUCUACCCCUUCAAAUUACCACUACAGCGAAGAUGAUAGACCUCUGUUCAUCCUAUUCAGAUUUCAGCCGCAGUCUCACCAGCCAUUUCCACUCCCACCUUGAAAUAUGUGGGAUGGGUAAUGAGGAAUGAAGACUCUUGUUGCCCCUCUGGUGAUGAAGAAGUGUUGACUAGUGACUAAUUAUCUCAUAAGCAUUACCCGCCUUCCAUUUUAAAAUCAUAUAAAGAGUGUGUUUGAAGCCAGUACCGCUUAUACAUCUUUAGAUCUCUUCCUCUGAGGACUCAUACUGUCUGUUAUAAAUUAUGAGCACCCGGUAGAAGUACAGGGCACACAGCGCAGCUCACAAUGAAGCCAACUCAUCUCUACAACUCUCUCGUCUUCCUCGUCCUCCCUACCCUGGGCUACGCGGCUCCAGCUUCUACCACCACCCAGCACCAGGCCCGAGACGUGAAGAUCACAGCAGCGCAGAUCGAGGCCAUCGCACCCAAGUCCAAGUCGUGCGCGGACGCGCCUGCCCCGGGCGAAUGUGCCACGUCCGACCAGGCUGCGGCCAACAUCGCCAAGUCAUUCGAGACGUACAAGGUGACGUCGGUUGCGGAGCAGGCGGCCGUGAUCGGGUUGAUGGCAUUUGAGAGUCUGGAUUUCGAGUACAAUAGGAACCAUUUCCCUGGUGUUGCGGGGCAGGGGACUCGGAAUAUGCAAUCACCUGCAUUCAAUGCCAAGUACGCGGCUUCGCUGCCGGCUCUUGCGGACAAGUUGAAGGGUGUGUCUGGCGACCCGGCGGGUGUCCUUGACUUGUUGCUGUCGAACGAGGAAUACGAUUUUGGUUCUGGGGCCUGGUUCCUCACCACGCAGUGCUCGCAGGAUGUGCGGUCGGAGCUGCAGUCUGGUUCGCAGGGUGGGUGGGAGAAGUACAUCACCAGUUGUGUGGGGACGGAUGCGAACGAGGAGCGCAAGGCGUACUGGACGCGGGCCGUGCAGGCGCUGGAUGCUUAAGAGUUCUUUGGAGGAGCGAGUUUGGAUUUCGACUAAUGGGUUCCAAUUGAGCAUCAAUGCAGUGUAUUCUUU